AUGCCUGAAAGAAAUGAUCCCGGACUUCGAUAUGAAUUUUGGAUCGGUACUACCGGUUCCCUUGGAUUUGGAUCAGUAACGAAUUGGAUCGGUAAUGGUACCAUUGUCUCUGAUCUUAGACUUAAAUUUGGAUCAUGUGAAUUACAUGAUGAUUCACCUGAAAACACUGAUAGUCUGCAAAAUAUAUCUCAUUAUUUAUCUAAAAGUACUAACCAACAAUUGUCAACAUCAAAUACUACUGAUAUUGGUCCAUUUAAAAAUGAACUUGAAAUUUGCUUAUAUAUAUCACAACGACCAGAGCUUGUCAGUUUAACAUUAAAUAUGAUGAAAGCAAGUGGGCAUGGACAUGAAAUAAUUCAAGAAAAACCCACUAGUAGAUUUUGCAAAUUUUCAGAUAAUGAACUUGGAGUCUUACAAUUGCAUUUAAAGUGCCUAUUUUUUCGUACAAGAGUUAUAAACAAUCAAAUUAUUAAUGAGUUAGUGAGAUCCUUAUUCCCAAAUAUAGAAAUGAACGGAAUGUCAGAUCUGGCUACAUUGCAUAUGUGGGCUUUAAGAAGCUAUCGUGAUUAUAAUAUGAUAAUUCGACGUGAACUUCGAAAUUUGGUUCCUGAAUUUAUUAGAAAAUACAGGCAGCCAACAAUGCAACAAAUUUCUGAAUAUAUUACCGAAAAACCUAGAAAUACUACAGCAUUUACAAAAUUUAUACACUCAGCAUUUAAUAUGUUUAUCCAAGAAAAUCUUUUAGAAGCAGAAAGUUUACAACUACAAUAUAUUGCUUCAUUACAUAAUAAAAAUGAUAGCAACAAAGAUUUACAGGAUGGUUUAUUAAAUAAUGAUCAAGAAUAUGAAACCUUAGAACAAUUUUGUAAUUCUAAAUCUGAUUUUUCUAUGUCUUCAGAUGAAUUAAAUAAUAGUGAAUGGUCAGAUACACUAGAUCAUGAAGCCAAUCAAAAAACUUCAGAUGACUUAACUGAUAGUGAAGAAUUAAUUAAUAUGGAGGUUAUUCAAGAAACAAUAGAAGGUAAAACAAAAUUUGAACCUUUGCCAGCAACAAAGGGGUAUGAUGAUCUUAUAUGUAUUUUAAAGCAUCCUAAUUUUCGAACUGAACAUAUAAUUGAGAAUGUUCGACGAUUGAGAUUAUUAUGUAAUCGACUUCCACUUCAGACAGUAAAGAGUCAUAGUAUUUAUAUACAAAAUAUGAAAACUCCAUCCACUUCAAAGCCUUUUAAAGAUGCUUAUACCAUAUCUGUAACUGAACAUAUAAAAAGAGUCUUGGAAAAUGAAAAUUUACAAUCACAGAUGUAUUUUGGACCAGGUGUUGAAACUGAUAUAAAAAAAGAAUUCUGGGACGGAAAUUUAUGGCAAGAAUCACCUCUUUUGGAUAAAAGGACUAGAAUUGGAAGAAUUAUAGCGAUAGUUUCAACAUCAAGUGAUGUUAAAUUAAAAAUUCAGGUUCUUUAUUAUUGUGAUGAAUUACCAAAUAAUUUUAGAAAACUUUCUAGAGUUCAAGAAGCAGAAAAUGGAGAAUUAUGGUUAAGUGAAGUAACAUCUUUAAUCAAUAAAGACAAUAUUAUAGAACCAAUUGCAGUUUGGCUUCAAGAUUCUUUACACUUAUCCAAUUAUCAAUUUUAUGUUGAAGAAAUUUUAUAUAGCUAUGAAGGCCGAUGGAAAAUCAGAAAUGUUGAGUUACGACAUCAUCAUCCACAAAAAUUCCAUCCACUGCUCCUUAAAAUAUACCUACAUUAA